CUCCCCGUGCAUAUACCUAUACCAAAACCUAUACGAGAAACACACUCGCCAGUCAACUUCGCAUCGCAUCGCUGCGCGCGCGCGUGCUGCCCGCCGAAAACAAAACAACGGCGAUCGGGCUUUUCAAACAAAAUUCUCGUGACUCCCAUCAUCUCCCUCUCUCAUCGUCUCUUCCCAAAGUUAUCCGCGUACCUAUUUCCGUAGUUCCCUCUGAAAAAAACAAUCCCGGAGGAAAACAAAAAAUGCCAGCCGCAGUCGAGGGAACGACGAACCGGACGAGCAGCGGAGACUCGCCGAGGCUCAAAAUCGCUGCGAAGGCUGUGGGCCAGGUUAUGGUCGCGCUGAAGAACUCGAAUAACGCGGCCGGGCCUACGAUGACGGAGAUCGUUAAAUUCAUCUCCGGUGCGCUCUUCAAACCUGCGACGAAACGCCAGGUCGUCACGGCGCUGAAGCGCGGCGUCGAGUUCGGCAUCCUCAAGCGCAAAAAGGGCCACUAUCUGAUCUCCUCGCCGGAGGAGAACUUCUCCAAGCUGCCGCUGCCCAAGAAAACUGCGAAGACUCGGGGCAAGCUCCUGGAGAAGGUUUCGAAACGGGCUCGCGCGCCGCUGAAAUCGAGACGCCCCAGAGCCGCUGGGGGCAGAGGUCUCAUGGACGAGUUCCCCUCGCCACCCUUUCUGCCCAAGUUCUGAAGAUUCGGAGGCGAAGCUCGCGUGAAGAAUUCGCCAAAUCGUGAACGCAGUGAUUCGACGAAGCGAGAGUAUACCUUGUGAACUUGUGCUAAAUUUCGGCUAUGACAAUACAGACAAAAGCUCUAUACGAUCGA